GUGGAAAUGCGAGUCGCUGUCUCACCCGAUCACGUGAAUGAUCCUGCUUCAGCACUGUCACUCACUUGCCUUGUUCGAUUUGCUCUUCAUCUUCGUCUCGUCACGAAUCCGCAUCGAACACGCCUCGUCGUUGCCCAUGCUCAUCGAUCGAUUCCUCUAGUUCUUGCCCCCUCUUUAUACCGCCCCACCUUCUUCUUCCCAUUCCUCCCCGUCUCCUCCUCCUCGCUCAGUUUCUAGGUCCCCUGACGUUUCCUCGUUGCAUUGCCCCUGUUGGGUUCCAUUUGCAGCAGAUCGCAAUUGUGUUUUGAGAUCAGAGAGGAUCGGUGUGUUGUUUCCGUUGCUGAAUUUCGCACUAUUGUGUCUGGAGAUUGAGAGCGCUGUUUUUGUUUACGUAGCAUUCUUCGACGACUGGAGAGAAGGUGGGGCAUCACAUCAAAUUGUUCCUACCUUUGAUUGUGUGCUGCAGAAGCAAAGAAGAUGGGAGUUGAAUUUGAGAGAGAAGAUUACCUGUUCCUGAAUGAAUUGGGUAUUUCUCCUGAGAAUCUGGGUUGCUACGGAGGUGGUGUGUGGCGAGCAAACGGUCCCACUGUAACGUCUGUCAAUCCAUCUGACAACAAGCCAAUUGCAUCUGUCAGAGAGGCUUCACUUGAAGACUAUGAAGACAGUAUGAGAGCCUGUGCCGAAGCACGUAGAAUGUGGAUGCUGACUCCAGCUCCAAAGAGGGGCGAAAUAGUUCGUCAGAUUGGGGACGGUCUAAGAGAUAAACUCCCACUUUUGGGUAAGCUUGUCUCUCUUGAGAUGGGCAAGAUUUUGGCUGAAGGCAUCGGAGAAGUACAGGAGUUUAUAGAUAUGUGUGACUAUGCAGUUGGAUUGAGUCGGCAGCUCAGCGGUUCCAUUAUACCUUCUGAACGUCCAAAUCACGCCAUGAUGGAGGUGUGGAAUCCAUUGGGUAUAGUUGGAGUAAUCACUGCAUUCAAUUUUCCUUGCGCCGUACUCGGAUGGAAUGCAUGUAUCGCUCUUGUGUGUGGCAACUGCGUUGUAUGGAAGGGAGCACCAACAACGCCACUGGUGACCUUGGCUACGACUAAAGUUAUUGCUGAGGUUUUGGAGCGAAAUAAACUACCUGGUGGCAUUUUCACCUGUGUAUGUGGGGGUGCUGAAAUUGGUAGUGCCAUCGCAUAUGACACUCGUAUCCCACUUGUGUCAUUCACUGGUAGCACCAAGGUGGGAUUGUUGGUGCAAAGUAUUGUGCAUGCAAGGCAUGGCAAAACCUUGCUGGAGCUUAGUGGGAACAAUGCAAUAAUUGUGAUGGACGAUGCAGUCUUGCCACUGGCUGUACGUGCUGUUUUGUUUGCAGCUGUUGGUACUGCCGGUCAACGUUGUACCACCUGCCGGCGCCUGAUUGUGCACGAGAAAGUCUAUGAUGACAUGCUGGCGGGUCUGCUGAAGGCAUACAAGCAAGUUAAAACUGGAAAUGCAGUAGAUGAAACCACAUUGUGUGGACCCCUUCAUUCCAAGCACUCUAAGGCAUGCUUCGAAGAGGGUAUUAAGAAAAUCAAGGCUCAGGGCGGCAAAAUUUUGACUGGUGGCUCUGUGAUUGAUCGUGAUGGCAACUUUGUCGAACCGACUGUAGUCGAGAUAUCACAUGAUGCAGAAAUUGUGAGGGAAGAAUUGUUUGGUCCCGUCCUGUAUGUCUUCAAAAUCAAGUCGUUGGAGGAGGCCAUUGAGCUGAACAACUCAGUGCCACAGGGCCUCAGCAGCUCUAUUUUCACUCGCAACCCAGAAACAAUUUUCACUUGGAUUGGACCUACAGGCAGUGAUUGUGGUAUUGUCAAUGUGAACAUACCAACCAAUGGAGCGGAGAUUGGGGGAGCAUUCGGUGGAGAGAAGGCAACAGGGGGCGGAAGGGAAGCGGGUAGUGAUUCAUGGAAGCAAUACAUGCACCGUGCAACCUGUACUAUCAAUUACGGCAACGAUCUACCGUUGGCACAGGGUAUAAAUUUCGGGGGUUAAUUGUUGGAUGAUGACCUCUUCUUGACAGCUAGUCUCUCAUGCGCCACACUAGUGGAACAAGUUUAGUGACUGUUGCGUUUGAAACACUUUGUUAACUGUAUAGAAUUGUCUCCUUGAAGAAUCGAGGAUUUCGUGACUCAAUUUUUGAAGUGCCACAUUGUAUUAAAUUGCGGACUCCUCACUUUAUUAGUUCAUACCUGUUGGUAUAACAAGCGGGAAUCUAUUACGACACUUCUUAAAGUGACUUUAAAUGUUGAUUAAACAGAAACUCACAACGAUGCAAUCUGGACCUUGUUA